GGCGGCUCAGUUGUUCUUGUCCACCGCGGAGGGAGGUUUCAGCUCUCGGCUGCUGCUGCGGCUUGCAGUCUGUUGAGGACGCUGCGCUGGUUAUGCCCCCUCGCUCCUCGGAAGCAUCAGCCUGUUUUGAAAUCCAUCCAAACGACGCUUUGAUCUUAAGAACAAAAUGACUGGACCAACAACAUCUGCAAGCGUGGAGAUGCCUCUCAUAUUGUCAAGGUUUUCAUUCCGGUUCCAGAAUCUUCCACAAAUGAUGUUCUUCCCCCUGGUGGUGAUGCUGCUACAGACUGGGAGUAGCCAUGGCUCCCUUCCUUUCUACAAUGGCUUCUACUAUGACCGAGUCAUGAAUGAUAAAGGAGAUGGAGGAGCUCUGCUCAAUGGUGUUCGACUGAUGGUUGAGACAUCCGAUGAUGCCAUCUUUACCCACCGUGGUGCCAACGUUACGCUGCCCUGCCAUUAUCACUAUGCACCUAAACUGAAUGCCCCACGCAGGAUCCGCAUCAAAUGGUCCAAGCUGCGGGAGGACAACACUAAAGAGCGAGAUGUGUUGGUGGCAUCUGGGCCAAAGCACCGCAGCUUUGGUGAGUUCCGUGGACGGACUCAUCUGCAGCAGGAAUCUGCUGAUGAAGCAUCCUUGGUGAUCAAUGACUUGCGCUUACACGAUGCCGGGAAGUACCGCUGUGAAGUAAUUGAUGGUCUGGAAGACGAGAGUGGGACCGUGGAUCUAGAACUGCAAGGAGUUGUCUUUCCGUAUCAGCCUCCCCAUGGACGCUAUAAGCUUAACUUCCAUGAAGCCAAGAAGAGCUGUGAAGAUCAGGAUGCAGUGAUAGCCUCCUUUGACCAGCUCUUCAAGUCCUGGAUGGAAGGCUUAGACUGGUGCAAUGCUGGCUGGCUGACUGAUGGCACAGUCCAGUACCCCAUCACAUUACCCCGGGAGCCCUGUGGUGGGAAUCACUUAGCCCCUGGUAUCAGAAGCUAUGGAGAGCGUCAUAAGAACCUCCAUCACUUUGAUGUCUUUUGUUUUUCUUCUGCUCUGAAAGGGACUGUCUACUAUCUGGCUCACAAUCAGAAGUUCACCUUAGAAGAGGCCAAGCAAGCAUGCCAGGAUGACCAGGCUGAAAUUGCCAAGGUGGGUCAGCUUUAUUCAGCCUGGAAGUUCCUGGACUUGGACCGUUGUGAUGCUGGGUGGCUGGCGGAUGGCAGUGUGCGCUACCCCAUCACUUCUCCCCGACCCAACUGUGGCCCACCAGAACCAGGGGUCCGAAGCUUUGGCUUUCCCCAAACCGGGAAAUUUGGAGUCUACUGUUACAAGAUGAGCUAAGGAAAAGCUUCCUUCAUCAGUGGACAGUGUCCUUUUUAUCACCACUUAGAGUUUAUUAUUUAAAGGGCCAGUCUCUGGGGGUCUGUUUUAACUGUAUGUUUUCAAGUUUGUGUUUUCUUCUGUGGGUUUUUUAAAAACACUUUUGUAAUGAAACAGAAAAUGCUGCACGAGCUGCGAUAUGGAAAUUGAGUUGCCUUGGUGCUGAACCUAUGAGCUUCCAGCUAUGUUGCCUGUGUAAUCAUGUAGCUGGAAGACCUGAGCUUAACUUGGGAUGGUGCACAUGAGAAGAGUUGGCUUGUUCAUCUGGUUAUGAUGUCUUUUGGAAUGGGCUCCUGCCGACAUCUCUCAAGGAGAUUAGGAAGCCAU